AAGUAAAUGCAUUUCUACAUACAAAUGGUUUUACUCAGUUCCACUUUCUAGUAGGUACAAUGAAAAAUUUUACUUAUUCUUGUUGUUUGUUGCUUUUAACAGUCUUUGUUACUGGGGAAGCAUCUGAUGAAUGUGACGAUCCAAAUGCAUAUUAUGAUAGUUGUGGUUCGGCUUGUCCACCUACAUGCCAAAUUCGACGACCUGGGUACUGCAUUCAAGUCUGUGUUGCUGGUUGCUUUUGUAAAAAGGACUUUACACUCGAUGAAGAGUCGGGAAAAUGCGUGAAAUGUUAUUCUUAAUGUACAGCAAAUAAAAAAAAUUAAUAUUUUA